AUGGGGCAGGCAAAUGUAUACUUUUGUAUGGAUCACCUCUUCAACCUCGUCUUCAUAUUGCGUGGAUUUUCCUUACAGAUAACUGUUGGUUGGGGGAUUGCUAUUGUCGUUCCCGGUGUUUGGCCUGACCCUGAUGAAUAUGGUGUUGACAAAAGGAGUUUGUUGAUAAGUAGGAUUAUUUUUUAUAUGGGUUUGCAUGAAACUAUGCUUCAUUGGGCAAGUAUUGUCAUAAGACCUAUUGUGGAUUGUAAAAUUUUCGGCGGUUCAAGGAGUGAAAAAUGGAUUGAGAAGGCGGCAAUAAGCUCGGGUUUUGGUGCGUUAUGGUGGUGGAGUUUAAAAGACAAGGUUGAUACGUUAGCUCUCGCCGUAGAAAUUAAAAGAGAGCUCUUAAUUGGUUGGGGUAUUUCUGAUUUUAUUAAUUGGUGGUUGUAUUAUCUUACUGUUACAGUUGGUGUGUUGAGGGUUGUCAAGUGUUUCAUUUGGUUUGCAAAGGGUUUGUUGUUCUACAGAAGACCACAAGACAGCAACAAUGGUUCCUGUGAGGAUGACAAUAAGGUCUUACAUCAUCCCUUGUUGCCAGUCCAAUCCAUCUAA